GAGAGAGGUGGGCACCGAGCACUAGUGGGGUUUUGUUUUUAUUGGGUUUUUUGUGGAACAAGAACCAGUCCCAUUGCCAAAGUUGUGGGCUUUUGAGGUUUGGUGAGAUAAGCAAAAAAGAGGGAGAGAGCUUCUUCAUAUUAGCUUAAGGUUGUAAUGGUUGUGUAACUAGUAACAACAAAGCCUUUGCUUCAAACUGCACUGGUUUUGAGCUUUGUGUAUAGUGUGAGAAAGCUACUAACUUUAGAGGUGGUGUUGAGAAAAAAAAAUGGGUCUUUCUCAGUUUAGUAGUAGAGGGAGAACAAGUAGAGGCUUGGCAGUGGCUUUCUGCUUAUGGGGUUUGAUCUCAAUGUGUUGUGCUGCUAGAUUGAGUGCUUCAAGGCAGAAACUUGAGGUCCAGAAGCAUUUGAACCGCUUGAACAAGCCUGCAGUGAAAAGCAUUGAGAGUCCAGAUGGGGACGUCAUAGAUUGUGUUCACAUGUCUCACCAGCCAGCUUUUGAUCAUCCAUUCCUUAAAGACCAUAAAAUUCAGAUGAGGCCUAGUUACCACCCAGAAGGGCUAUUUGAUGAGAACAAAGUGGCAGCAAACCCCAUAGAAAGAUCAAGCCCAGUUAAACAGCUGUGGCACCAAAAUGGCAAGUGCCCUGAGGGCACCAUUCCCGUUAGGCGCACAAAGGAGGAUGAUAUUUUGAGAGCAAGCUCAAUCAAAAGAUAUGGAAGGAAGAAGAGAAGAACCGCCCCUCAGCCCAGGUCAGCAGAUCCUGAUCUCAUCAAUCAGAGCGGUCAUCAGCAUGCAAUAGCUUAUGUCCAAGGAGAUAAAUUCUAUGGAGCAAAAGCAACCAUCAAUGUUUGGGAACCCAAAAUACAACAGCCUAAUGAGUUCAGCUUGUCUCAGCUUUGGAUAUUAGGAGGUUCUUUUGGCGAAGAUCUUAACAGCAUUGAAGCUGGGUGGCAGGUUAGCCCAGAUCUAUAUGGUGAUAACAAUACAAGACUUUUCACCUACUGGACUAGUGAUGCAUACCAAGCCACAGGUUGCUACAACCUCCUCUGCUCAGGCUUUAUUCAAAUUAACAGCCAGAUAGCAAUGGGAGCAAGCAUCUCUCCUGUUUCUGCGUUUCGCAAUUCCCAAUAUGAUAUUAGUAUACUUGUCUGGAAGGAUCCAACAGAGGGGCAUUGGUGGAUGCAGUUUGGCAAUGACUAUGUAUUGGGUUAUUGGCCUUCUUUCCUAUUCUCAUACUUGGCUGAAAGUGCUUCCAUGAUUGAGUGGGGUGGUGAAGUUGUGAACUCACAGACUGGUGGUCAGCACACCUCAACUCAAAUGGGCAGUGGUCAUUUUCCAGAGGAGGGGUUUGGCAAGUCAAGUUAUUUCAGGAAUGUCCAAGUUGUUGAUAGCUCAAACAAUCUCAAGGCUCCCAAAGGGAUUGGUACCUUUACUGAGCAAUCUAACUGCUAUGAUGUCCAAUUAGGCAGAAAUGGGGAUUGGGGCCAGUUCUUUUACUAUGGAGGCCCUGGUAGAAAUGCAAAUUGUGCUUGAAGAAAAACCCCAUUUCACCCUCUUAAUCUUCUUAUGUAUCAUUCAAUCUAGUGUAAUGCCUCUCUCUCUCUCUCUCUUGUAUACCCUUCUCUUUUUACUCUUUAGGUGGGGCUAUAACCAGUAACCUUUUACCUUUCUGUAGUGGGAAGUUUUGACUCUGUUUUUUUUACUUAAAAGAUUCUCCAUGUAAGUGGUGGGAAGGUGGCCAAAGUUUCUCAAAAGCCUAAAAGAAACAGGCCUUUAUAAAUUUCUGUAUUCUAUUUGUUUGUUUACUCCUCUCUUGGGAGUGGUUUGUUAAUGAAUGAAUAUUGGUGUUUGAGCUGAAAAA